UGAAAAGUGUGGCGUCAAGUGUUUUCUGUUUACUAGCGACUGAAGCCGAAAGCGUCUCUGCCUCGCUGCUUCCCUGUCUGUCUCCCGUUCUGUGUGUACGUCUGCUGUCUGUGUCUGCCCUCUCAAACCGGUCAGUUCCGUCUUCCUCCAUUUUCUGCCAUGCUUGCCAUGUGAGGGUGAGAGAGAGGGGGGGGGGCAAUCCCCACUUCUUCAUUCACUCUCGGUAUGUAGACAGCAAAGUGCGCCUGGCUGUCGUGCACCUCUAGUACAGCCCUGCAGCCAGAUGUUUGGAGGAGAGGCUUUUGUUCAGCUACACAGAUGAACAACAGGAAGGAGGACAUGGAGAUCUCCUCUCACUACCGUCAGCUCCUCAGAGAGCUCAAUGAGCAGAGGCAGCACGGUAUCCUCUGCGACGCCUGUGUCAUUGUGGACGGAAAGAUCUUCAAGGCCCAUAAGAACGUCCUCCUGGGCUCCUCACGCUACUUCAAGACUCUUUACUGCCAGGUUAAAAAAGGGGCAGAGCCUCACCACCAGACUACUGUCACUCACCUGGACAUCGUCACGGCAACAGGCUUCAAAGCCAUCCUGGACUUCAUGUACUCAGCGCACCUUGCUCUCACCAGUAAGAACGUGAUCGAGGUCAUGUCAGCUGCCAGCUACCUGCAGAUGACAGACAUUGUCCAGGCCUGCCACAGCUUCAUCAAGGCUGCGCUGGACAUCAGUAUCCGCUCUGAGAUGGCUGAUGAACUGGCUGACUUUGAAAUGGGAGCUGUCGCUGCCGCCAGCAUAGGUGCAGGAGGUGGCGGAGGUGGAGGAGGAGUGGGUAUAGCAGGAGCAGGGGGUGUUGCAGGUGCAGGUUUAGGAGGAGGAGGAGGAGGAGGGAUUGUGGGCAUGGCUUCUGAAGCCCUGGCCUCCAUCAUGUCUGGUCGCAGCACCUCCCCUUGGCUGGCGCGGCGCACCAGCCCAGCCAACUCUUCUGGGGACUCGGCCAUCGCCAGCUGCCAUGAGGGAGGCAGCACGUAUGGCAAGGAGGACCAAGAACCCCCCAAGAGCCAUGAGAGCCAGGAGGAAGCCUGCCACGACUCCCAGCCCGCCUGGCCGCAUGACUAUAGGCCUGUCACCGUCAAAGAGGAACAGGUGUCCCCCGCCUCCUCCUCUCAUCCCCGGGACACUCCUAGGGGGGCAGCCCAGAGCCAGGGGGAGCAAGGGACUGGGGGGGGUGGUGGAGGAGAGGGGCCCUGGCAACCCCUAUCAGGGUCAGGGCGGAGGAAGAACAGGAAGAACAAGGACACGGUCAGACAUAUUACCCAGCAGGCUGAGAGGAACUGGGACAGAGAGCGGGACAGGGAGAGAGACAGGGACAGUAGGCCUGGAUCUCCUCUGCCCUCCAUGUUGGCUGUGGCUGGAUGGAACUACAAUGGACAGGAUAUCCCAGGGGCAGACGUGACUGAACCCAACAGCUCAGACAGCCGCGGCGAACGUCUCGACUUCUUCCUCAAGCAGGAAGAGGCUCUCACUGCAGAACCUGGCUUCAUGGGUCCCAACGAAUCAGAGGAGGCCGGGGGAGGCGGCGGGGGUGGAACGAUCUCAUCUGUAGCCAAUCUCAAGGCGGCGCUGAUGAGUAAGAACAGCCUGCUGUCACUGCGGGCUGAGAUGAUGGGAGAUGAUAACCCCUUGCUUUAUGAGUACCUGCCCAAAGGAGGACACUCCCUGUCGUGGCUCCGCUCCAACAACUACUGCAGCACGCUCCGGCCAGGGGCCACGGGGGCCACUAUUCAUAACAAACAGGGGGCUGGCUCCUCUCCUCCUCCUCCUCCUCCUCCUCCUCCUCUUCUUCCUCCUCCUCCUCCUCCUCCUCUUCUUCCUCCUCAUCUUCCUCCUCAUCUUCCACCAUCACCACUACCACUACCGCCAUCAUCAUCAACAUCAGUUUACUGCCCGCCCACUCCACCCACGCCACUGCUCCCCUCUGAGCCUCGGCCCCUGGAGGCCCCUGGUCUGCGGGCUGGGGCAUCCCCGCUGUGCUCAGAAGGGUUGGACAUGGAAGUGGAAGAGGCUCUUGAGGGCCCAGAGCCCUCCACCUUGCCUGAGGAGGGCAUAAAAGAUGAAGAAGGCAUGAAAGAAUAUGGCACAGCCCUGGAAGGUGACCAGUCUCCUGUCGAGAGGGAUCAGAUGGGCAAUGGGAGUUGUGCUGGUGGUGGCUUGACCAUGCCUGCGUCAGUGUCUGACGCUGGCAGAGAGACUAAAGGGCUGAUGGUGCUGGUGAAUGACUUCACAGUGAUCCGUAAAAAGUUCAAGUGCCCCUAUUGCAGUUUCUCUGCUAUGCACCAGUGCAUCCUAAAGAGGCACAUGCGCUCUCACACUGGUGAGAGGCCCUACCCCUGUGAAAUCUGUGGCAAGAAGUUCACCAGAAGGGAGCACAUGAAGAGGCACACACUGGUCCACAGCAAAGACAAAAAAUAUGUAUGUAAAGUGUGCAGCCGAGUCUUCAUGUCAGCAGCCAGUGUCGGAAUCAAACACGGCUCUCGUCGUCACGGCGUCUGCGCUGACUGCUCUGGCCGGGGCAUGGCCGCACUCCUGGACCACAACGGGGAGGUCGGUGGAGACAUUUCUCCGGAGGAAGAGCUGUAUCCCGGCGAUCGUUUCCAUGAUGACCAGGCGGAGUGCGAUGGCGACGGAGAGGGGGAGGAGGAGAUGAUGGUCGAAGGGGAUGGGGAGAUGAUGGGAGAAGGGGAGGAAGAAGGAGGGAAAUGGAAGGACUCAGGGAUGACCACUGAGGCACAUGGAGCACUGGACAAUGAGAAGGAGGAGAGUGACUCCUCGGCACAGGAGGGGGAGCAGCAGAAUGGGAGUGAGAGGGACUUCGCCUGGAUCUCCUAGGAUCUGUCAGACUCCUGUUAGUGGCUCGUCAACCAAUCUCUGAAGAUCUCUUGCGAUCUCUUGGGCAGAAAACUCUGCUCUCUUUACCCAUUCGUCCCACCGUGGGCAGGCCUUCCUUUGAAUGGAAAUGCUGUAGGGUGAUGCGCGACAAUGAUCUAAAACCAUUAUGAGUAACACACUCAAAUGCAUACACACACACAGACACACAGACACACACACACACACACACACACACACACACACACACACACACACACAUCCACUUAGGCUAUACUCAACCUUGACUGCCAUAGUAGAAGAAGAGCGGUCUGGAGAUGGCUUGAGUGAAAGGCUUUUUCUGCUUACCUCCUUUACUUCUGAUGCAGUGUUUUUGUGUUUCUUUUUCUUGAGGGUUCAGGCCAGAGUCCAGUAGUUUUCUACUCUGCCACAACAGGAAACAACGAGGACGCUGCCAAGGACAUGGCCAACAGUAGACUGCGAAUUUGUAUGUUUGCCAUCACAAUCACCAUGGAAACCAAGGAUCACUGACAGUGUAGGGAAAUAGCCCCGGGGGGGGGGUCCACCUUGGCGGUCAUGUUUCUAGGGAAAGUGUCUCCCUGCGAGUGAAGGGAGAGUCUAAAUCUAUUGCAAAUCUACGUGUGUCAGAGGACCAGGCAGCCCGAUGGCACAAUGAUGCAGAGUCCUACUGCCACAGACUUGCACUUUAAUAACAACUGACUCCUAUCAAAGCCCUGAACCCGUGGUUUACAUUUUUGAUCUGAUCUUUGCUUACCUAAACAACUCGGUGACCGCACCUACCUUUAAGGAUAUACUUAAUGUCCUCUUGACUGUUAUCACGAGAUAGAGAUCACUGAAUCUUUGUGCAGAUUGCUGUUUAUAUAGCCUAUGCCUUUCAGUGGGGUCCUUAAUCUAUUCUUCACUUAAGUUUACCACACGGUUUCUAUCGAUUCAUUCCAACAAAUACUGGAGAUUUGACAAAUGUACAUACGAUUUUUGGAAUUUUUAAAGGGGAGUGAAGUAUGUGUGAGACAGAGGGAGAUUGAAAAAGAGUUUUACAGUGUAUGUAAGAGUUUUAAACCUCUUUAAAACAAAGUACUCAUCAGUUUUUGUUUCCCUGUUUGGAAAAUCAACACAAACACACAGUGGAUCCACAUGACCUACACUAUUAACUCUUUCUGUCUCUCUCGCUGUCUCUGGUUCACUUUUUCUCACACUGGAGGUUGUGAUGAUAAGACCUGAGAGCCAAGUCUCUCAUACCUGCGGAGGAGCUGCCUUUGUUUAAAAGUUUGGGUUUUUUUUUUUUUUUUUUCCUGUGUUUAAUUUUUCUUGGUCAUGUAAUUCCUGUUUCUGAAUACAGAAUAUGCAGACUCUUUCCAUGGUUUAUCUUUCUUUUAGUGACACAGUAUAUUUUCUCCAGCUUUGUAAGUUUAAAAAAAAGGAAAGGAUCAAAAUUGUGCUUGAAAUUCAGAGUUUGAUAUUUGUAGAGUGUAAUAUUAAUUUGUUUUGUUUAACAGCUAUUUAUUGAAAAACCUGUUUGUGGAUUCCUAAUUUUUUUUAAAAAGUCAUUCCCUCCUCUCUCUCUGUGUGUUGUGUGGAACAGGAUGGGUGGUUUGUAUGCAAGAAUGUUUGAGUGUCCAGAAAAAAGUCUAUAUUGAUUUUCUUAAGAUUCUUUCCAUGUUUUUGGCAAAGUUAUUGACAAUUCAAGUGAGGCAGAUGACAUGUCUUAUUACUAUGAUUAUCAGAACUAUGAUUACUGUUGUUGAUGUUACUAUUAUUAUUAAGUGCUGGAUGCUAAGCUUUAUUGUGUGUUCUUUUUUUGAUAUUUUAUAUCUUGUAUAAGAAAAAAAGCUUUUAUACUUUGCCUUGUUGUGGACAGCAAGCCAUGGGGCUUUUAUCAACCUUUUAUUGUGCCAGUUUACGCUUUUUCUGUCGUAUUUGCGUUUUUUUUUUUGGUUUGUUUUUUUUACAAAGGGGGAAAACAACUUCACUGUCAAACUUCUCUGUUAGAUAUUGAUUGAAACAUAUAUUCAGCACACGCUUUUGCAUCACUAAUGUACACUAAUUGAUUAAUAUCGAACCAAAAACAAUCUAGUACCUUGUAUACAUGAAGUGCUUUUGUUUCACAGUCUGUGUGUGCAGGUGCUUUUGGAGUUAUUGCUGUGGUUAACAGUUUUAUUGUUGGGUUGUUUUUAUUUUUGAACCUGUCACUAUUUGUCACAGUUUGAAAACGUGCACGUUAUGGUAUUAUAGUGAAUAUGAAGGGCUGUGUGAAAGGACCCGCUAGCUUUUGAAGACUGCAUCUUAAAACCAAGCUGAUUUUAUUUCUUCUAGUUUCUACUGUCUCACGCCUUCGCAUGACACACAAUCAAGUAGAAAUGCAGCAUGCAGACAAGAGUGUUGAGUCUGCAUGCUGUAUUUCUAUCUGCCAGUGUUUUACUGGCUUGACUCUAGUUCAUUUACAUAAAGGGAAAGUGAGCGCUGCAGUAGUAACUCUGGGAAACAUUUUGUUGCCAGUGCUGGUCGCACGCAUCAAGCCUCUCAUCUUCAGGUGCCAUGGACUGCACUUCCCAUGAACCCCCGCUGAGAAACUCAGUACAAUGCGAUUUGUGAUGCUUCCUUCAUAUCUGGCAAUGUCUUUAUUUUAUUGGUAUUAUUUAUUGUGUUUUUGUUUGACCCAUUUAUCAAAUAGUUGUACUUUUUUGGGAUGAAAAAAGAAAAAAGAAGAAAGACAAUGGGGUAGGAUUUUUAUGAAUGUCAAUGGUGGGUGUGGAAGGAGCCCAUGAUCAGUGACAAAUCUCUGUCCUGUGGUGCUGUGGCCACUGAGAGACGUCUGGAUGUAUGUGUGACUCCCAGUUCCUGUUCUCUUCUCACAACCUGUACUGUAUGUCUUCUUCCUCAUACUGGGUUGUACUUCAGGAAAACGUCUGCCAUCAACCCCUCAAUAUGUGCCUCAAUGACAUUUCACCUGUGUGCUUGUGAGAGUGUUUGUUCCCGAGAGGUGACUGAAUAUUUGUAUUGAUGGAAAGAGAUUACUGAGAUGUGACUGAUCAGAUUAGAGGUGCAAAAUGUUUGAGGACAAAACUUCAAAGAGACGAAUCAUGAUGGGCGACCAGAUUCUCCUUCCCACCGUGUGUUGAACGACCUUUUGUGCCCUGAUUCUGUGGUCUUAACUGCAUGCCUGUGUUCAUUUUGUCAUACCAAAGCGACGUCUUCGGCAUCUGCACACAACUGUCUCAUUACACAUGAUGCAAAACUGGAACUGUUUGCUCUAUUGCAGAUGAAUAUGGGUAUUCUUAGACGUGUACAAAUUGCAAUCCUCAUUUAGCCUGUAUAGCUUGAUUCACACGUGCAAAUCAUGAAGCCAUAGAUAUGGGUAUAUCUAUAUUAUACUAUAUUUCAAAAUUGGCGCUUUUUACUUUAGAUUUUGUUCUUCUACUAAGAGUGAUGUGUGUAUACCUUCAUAUAUAUGAAUUUAUAUUACUAUUAUAUAUUAUUUAUUUUCCUCUCUUAAGUUUCAGAGGGUCUUUAAUUUGUAAAAGGUUGCCCUUGAAGCUUGAGGUUUGUUUAUUUUCAUUGGGAAUAUUGUUCAAUAUGAUACUGACUUUAUAUUGAUGAUAAUCAAACUUGUGUUUGUAACAAAAUGUGUUAAAUAAUCAAAAAAACCUGUCCUGUUUUUACACCUGUUUUGUUUUGGGCAGAUUUAAGUGCUCUUGUGCAGAUAUUUUUUGGUUGAUAGUACUGAUCACAAAACAUUUUUACAGUCAACCAUGAGCCUCCUGUUUUGAUGUUAGGGCUGGCCCGCCGGCCGUCCAAGCCUCUUUCUAACUUCAUGUUUAGUGGAAGAAUUAGCUUGACUAUUAUUUGCAAAAACCAAUCAGUCUCAAUAAAUUUUGAAAUUGCUGCUGUAAAGAAGUGACCAAUGUGUGCUGUGCCUUUUGUUUUCUCAUGCCAUUCGGACGGUUUAGGGAACUAGUGUUGUCAUUACCAGCUGC